AUGCUUUCUAAGUCGCCCGGUGGAAAUUGGAGACAGCCCUCAGAUAUACAUGCAUUCACCGCAAAGGAAAGUGUGGUCAAACCCACGACAGUUUCAUCCCAUUCUACUGUUAACUAUAUCAGAGAAGAACAUCGCUCUGUCGAGAAGGAGGAACAUAAUGAAAAUUGCCUCAGAGAAGAGCAAACUUUGCGAAAGCUGGAGCGAACUGUGAGCCUAAAUGGUGCGAGGCAGUGCCACUUCUGUAACAAGAAAGUGUAUGCACCUGAAAUGUUGCACAUAAUGAGCCGGUACUACCAUCGGACCUGCUUCCGAUGCACCCGCUGCAAUCGUCUGCUUGACAUUGGUCGUUACAGUGUUCACGAAAAGGUGCCUUAUUGCUUACCACAUUACGAUUGGUUGAUCAAAUCAGGAAGUAACACCAAUAUAACUAUGAAAGCUGUGCAUGCCGAGGAUAGUGACAAGGAGGCAAAAGAAAAUCCACCCACCAGCGUGUUCAAUAAGGCAGAAGCAUUAGGGGCGAAUGAUCAGAGUGAGUGCAAUUCGUCAGUGCAACCUGCAGGGUGGGAACAAAACCUUCAAACAUUCGAACAAUCAUCCAAUCCCAAACAACCACGUUGUCACACUUGUGGACGUCUUGUUCAGUCCUGUCAAGUCAUCGUGCUUCCUGACAAAGUAUUCCAUCCAGACUGCGCAAAGUGCUUUACAUGUCAGAUAGCGUUGAGCACUUCAAGUUAUCGGGACUUCCAGGGCAAGAUUUACUGCGCUCCACACUACGCUCAGGCAGUGGCGGAGUUCAGGGAAUCAAGACGAAGAACAUCGUCUCUCCGAUCAAGCAGCAGGAGACAAUUUGAAUUCAGCAUCCCGCUAAUGCAAAUGAGGGCGCCAGUGAUGAUGGGAACGAACUCGAAACAGCCGAACCCGAAUUCCUGGGAAAAGAAACCAACACAAGAAUUGCCUACAUGCGUUGCGUGUAACGAGUUGACACAUCCAAAUACCUUCAUACCAUUGGAUGGACGAUUUUAUCACUUCGAUUGCCUCCAAUGCCACUUAUGCGGUAGACACCUGAGGUUAGUUAUUUUUUAUGGUACAUCUUAUCCGCACUUCUGA